CUCCGUGGAGAGGAUGUAGCUUGGAGUGUCGGGGUUGAUGUAUUUUCCAUAACAGUCAUAAUAGUGCAGAGAUUUCUUCACUAAAAGAAGAAAACAACGGCGUCAAAUGUACAUUUUUACAGUCUGCUAACUUCGGCUCGGACGUUAGCAACAUUCGUGGGAUUGUGUUGGUUUAUUAUCUGAUUUGGCUAGCUAGCCUGCUAGUUGGUUGUGGUAUGGAAUGGAAGGAGGUGGCCGAUCUCUACAGCAUCUUCGCAACCAGCAAGAGCAGAAACAAGAGCCAUGGUUAGGCCUCUCACUGGCCACGUUCUGCAUUUCUGUGGAUUUCUCCAGUAUUUGUUCGACCUGGCAACAAGACGAGGCAGCUUUUGAAGCGAAGCAGCCCAACCCUGAGCAUUUGCUGAAAGAGGGCUCAUUGCAUUUGCUGGCAAGCACGAUGUUUUGCUAGCUGGCUAGCUACAACUGCCAUUGGCUUUUCGUUCAUUUGGGGAAACGGCUAACUAGCGUUAGCUUUGCAUUGUAAACAAUACCUCGAACUUAGCUGUUGAUGGUACUAUUUUGACCUUUUUGGGUCGAAUAGAAUCCGCCUGUGUGGAUAUUGCUUUUCCCGUUGCUGUUACUGUUUCACUGAGCAGUGGCAGCCACCAAUAAUUCAUUUUCAAGCGGAGAACUCAACUACCGUAUGAAUGUGGGACAAAAUGGAGACCCCAACGAUUGUGUACGACCUGGAUACCUCUGGGGGUCUCAUGGAGCAAAUCCAGUCCCUCUUAGCACCCCCAAAGUCCGAGGAUGGUGAAAAAAGGAGUCGAAAACCGGAGAAAGAGGCUCGCAGAAGCGGCAGGGCCACUAACCACGACACCUGCGAUAGCUGCCGAGAGGGAGGGGACUUGCUGUGUUGUGAUCAUUGUCCAGCCGCCUUCCACCUACAAUGCUGUAACCCCCCUCUGAGUGAGGAAAUGCUGCCCCCUGGAGACUGGAUGUGUCAUCGCUGCAGUGUGCGCAGGAAGAAGCGGGAGCAGCGGGCUGAGCAGAUGAACGGGGCCCUGGAGCGAGGGGGUCAGGUGUCGAAGUGCUCGGGCUCUCCGUCGGGGGAGGUGGAGCUGGGCGCGGUGCGAUUGGACGGCGUGCCCGGGGGAGCGGUGCGAUUGGACGGUGUGCCCGGCGGGGUGGGGCUCCGCAUGGCGGUGGCACAGGUACGGCUCCUGGAGAGGCGGAGCAGCCGACCAGGCACGCCCACCUCCAGCGUUUCCACGGAUACAGCCACGCCCUCGGAGGCGAAUGAGGACGAGGACCUGCUGGACGAGGAGGACCCCCCAGGGUCCGAGGCCCCUGGGUCAGAGCCCGAAAACGCCCCCCCGCGCCUCAAACGGCCCUUCCAGCUGCUCAUCGCUGCCGCCAUGGAGAGAAACCCCACCCAGUUCCAGCUGCCCAAUGAGCUGACCUGCACCACAGCGCUGCCAGGCAGCAGUAAGCGUAAGAGGAGAGAGGAGAUGUCUGGGAAGAAUGUGAAGAGGCCCCAGCACGAGCUGGACCAUAAUGGGCUGGUCCCCUUACCAGUCAAAGUGUGCUUCACCUGCACCAGGAGCUGCAGAGUGGCCCCCCUGAUUCCCUGUGACUAUUGCCCCCUCCUGUUCCACAUGGACUGCCUGGACCCGCCCCUCACUGCCAUGCCGACAGGCAAGUGGAUGUGCCCCAACCACAUGGAGCACGUUGUGCUGAGCCAGAAGAACAUGACCCUAAGCAACCGCUGCCAGCUGUUCGACCACUUCCAGGACCGCAUCUCCCAGCAUGCCGUGAAGGUGGACUUCCUGCGGAGGGUCCACCGGCAGCACCCGCCCAAUCGCCGUGGCGUCCACUCGCACAGGAAGAGAACGCUGAAGGUCCCAGAGGCCAUCAAGGCCCAAUACAAGUGCCCUCCCCAGAUGUUGGCCACCGCAGGAAUCCGCAACGGGGAACUGAUCUGCACCGGCGUUCCAGAGACCCCCGAAACGCACCCCACCGAUACCCCCCACGCAACCAGCGAGGCUGAGCAGCAGGAGUGGCUCCGUGAUGUCAUCACGCUUCAGUGCAGCAUCAUGAGGCAUUUGUCCUGUCGGAGGGACGCGGCCUCACGCUGGGACUCGGAGCCGGGCGAGAAGGCCGAUGUGAAGCCCUGUGUAGCCCCGCCCGGGGAGAGCCUCUCCCUGUGCCCCGCAGACCGGACACCGGCCCCUGCCAGCCCCGUGUGCAGUACCGUCCCCAACCCAUCGGGGGCCCCAGCCGUGUGCGGUACUGUCAUCGACCCACCGGGGGCCCCAGCUGUGUGCAGUACCCUGCCCGACCCCAAGGGGGCCCCAGCCGUGUGCAGUACCCUGCCCGACCCCAAGGGGGCCCCAGCCGUAUGCAGUACCUUGCCUGACUCCCAGGGGGCUCCAGGGCACAGAUCGGGGUGUGGCCUCUGCUCCGGUAGGCUCUGUCAGGGCUGCCGAACUGCCAACGGCCCAGUAGAGGACACUGCCAGGGCCAAUGGGCCCCUCCCCUGCGGCCCCUCCGCCGAAUCCUGCAAGCAGGGCGUCGCCCAGCUCAGAGGCCCCGCCCGGCCCUGCUCCCCGACCCCGCCCGCCACCGCCCCUCGGCCAAUCAAUCACGCCGCCGGAGCUCCAAUCAAAUCUGAGAACAUGUCCGCCCACAGCCCCUGCGGGCAGAAAGGCCUGCCCUCCCCCUCCCCAAACGCCUGCACCCUCUCGGACCUGCCCCCGCCCCUCACAGGCCCGGCCAGCGGUCAGGCUGCCGCUCUCUCCAGCUGCAGGGUCUCCUCCCCCCCAGCUGGGACCCGGGCCCUCACCCCCCCCAGGGCCCCUCCAGACGCCGCAGUGGCCAGGCUGGCCUCCCCCAUGCCCCCCCCAGAGGGGAAGGGCAGUGCGCGAGUGGUCUCUCCCGCGCUGGCCGGUCUGUUCAGCAGCAUGAAGGGAAUCACGGACGGAGACGGAGAGCUGGAGCUGAGUGACCUGGAUGAGCGGCUAAUCAAACUGCUGGCCUGGCAGAGGAUCCAGCAGCUCCUCCCACCCAAAGCCCUCCCCGCCCAAACCAUCUGUGUGACUCCGCCCCAAACCACCACCACCACCACCGCCUCCCCAGCACCAGCACCAGCACCAGCACCCCCGCUCUCCGAAGUGCAAAAGUCGGAGGUGCAGGCGCGAGCGGUGUUCUACCCGCUGACAGGAAGGGGCGGAGCCGUCAACAUGUGCUACAGGACCCUGUACAUUGGAACAGGAGCCGAUAUGGAUGUGUGCCUUACCAACUACGGUCAUUGCAAUUACGUUUCAGGGAAACACGCCUGCAUCUUCUACGACGAGAACACGAAACACUACGAGCUGCUGAACUACAGCGAGCACGGCACAACCGUGGACAACGUCCUGUACUCCUGUGACUUCUCUGAGAAGAGCUCGCCCUGCCCCGCCAGUAGUGUCCUGACCAAAGUGCACAACGUCAUCCGCCGCUGCAAGAGGAGGAAGCGGGAGGAGGAGGGGGGCGAGGGCGAGGCGGAGGGGGAGGGGGGUGUGGAGCCGGGCCCGGCCCGGGGGGUGAUGAGCCAUCGCUCCCAGGGGGGCGGGAGGGCGCCCUGCAGCUGUAAGGCCAGCAGCUCCAGCCUGAUCGGGGGCAGCGGGGCCGGGUGGGAGGGCACGGCUCUGCUCCACCACGGCAGCUACAUCAAGCUGGGCUGCCUGCAGUUCGUCUUCAGCCUGGCAGAGUUCAGCCCGGCCCGUCGGCAGCCCAGAGACGAGCCGGCCGCAGUACCGCCCGCUGGCCAGGAGGGGCCGCCAGAGCCCGAACACAAACACACGCUCAAACUCUACCAAGUGCCCGUGCUGCGCUCAAACUCUGUCCCCUAACCCCACUCCCUGUUCCUGUUCCUGUUCCCAGGGCUGCUGGGGAAAACGGGGGACAUUUUUAUUUAACUCUUCAUACUUUUUGCAUGAAAAUGAAGUAUUUUCGAGGGCUCAAGUUUUAUGGGGCCAUACAAUCUUGCACAUAGGAUUUCUAUACAUUAUUAUUUUUUAAAUGCGUUAUCUAAGUUAUUUAGAUUUGCAUUAAAAAAAAAGGAAAAAGGGAUACUUUGAUUGUCCUCGUUCUAAAUUAAUGGGAAAAGAAUUCUCAAUUUCCACUAAGAUUAAGUAAUCAAAAAUGUUCUAUUUUCUGCCAGUACAGAUAGUUUUUAUAAAAACAUACUUUUUAUUUCUUUUUUUUUUUUCAUAAAAUCAACGUACUCUUGGUCAUUAUUAUUUUAUGUACAUUACAUUGUAAUCAUUUUUGUUGCUACUUUUGCACUACAGGUAGCUAUAUAUUCAUAUGUCUGUAUACAUGCAUAUAUGCAUACACUUGAGUAUGUAUAUUUGUUUAUAUAUAAAUGAUUCGGUGAUUUCGACUGUAAACAGGAGAAACACUGGAUUCUUGUACAUACACACCAUUGUGUUGGUUUUUAACUUGUACAGUACUUCAUAGGCUCCAGUCGUAACGUUAUGUAGCAUUGUAAAAGGAAAAAAAAAAACAAUUGUCGUAAAACGUGUCCAGAGUCCUAUCUGUCUGAUACUGUAGCUCCAGAUGUACAUAGUGACUAUAGUUUUAGCUUUCCUAUGAACACUUGUGUCUUCUGUAUAUAAACCAACUUCUGUUCCUGCCUGUCUGUUAUAACGGUGUAAAUACAUAAAGAUUUUUUAAGAACCAGCUUAAA